AUGGUCACCCCUCGGCCGAAACCCGAUUCGAGCUACGCAUCGAACCGCUUGACCAGACAAAAUUACCACGGAAAACCUCUGCUUUCGACUUUUCGGGAUAAAGAAGCUCCUGAGCCUGUUACUAAGCUCGAGCCGGCCACAGAUGAUGAACCUGUGAGCUCCAGUGAGGAAGAAACGAGAAGCAAUGCCAGCCGAGAUGACGAGUUCGGGAAUGAGAGCACGCCUCGUCGCUCAGGGCCGACUUUGGAGGAGAAACUAGCGGAGACUUCGAGAGACAAUAGUGCAUCACUACAAACCCCGCGAAUAAAGAGAGGAAUUGAGAGUCCGAGGCCUCAACGCUCGAGUCGAAAGAGGACGUUAAAAGAUACAGUUCCCGUCGAUGAGAGGGACAAUGGCGAUCCUUUUUCAGAGUGUGGCUGGUCUUCACAAACCCUGAAGAGGUCCAGGGCCGACUAUGGAUCCAAGAAGAAGCGCAACUCUGAAGUCUAUUCCAGGAACUCGAGCACGCCUUUACAAACGGAUUCGCCUUCAUCUAGUCGACCGAAGCCGAAGUCGGCAGGCAAUUCGCCGAAUACUGAGAGAAAAAUAAAGAACGUGGAUACGGAAUCCCAGAAGAAUAAUGGAUUUAAGGUCCCCCAGGAUAUUGACAUCAGAAGUCCGCCGUCUAAAUCGCGCUCCUCCACCGAGUUCAAGGCUCCUCCCCCUCUUCCGAAUGAUAUUGUCUCUAGCUCCUUUGCGCCCUCCUCUGCCCGAGAACCUGCUAUCUUUGAUUCAGAUGACGACGAUGCUUCACCACUUAGCUCCCCGCUUAGCGAGCUAUCUGAGACCGGUUUACAAGAGGUACUAUUUGAUGAUACGGACGAUGCGCUGAAGCCGAAGGAGUCUUUAUGUCCCUGGUGUAAGGAAGCUGUAGACCCAGAACUCUUGUUACGGUUUCAGUCACAGCCAAAACAGCGCAUUCGAGAGCAGCAGCGGUUCUGCGAUUCGCAUAAGAAGACCGCGGCCGAGAAAGAGUGGCACGAUAAGGGCUACCCAGCUAUUGAUUGGCAUACGUUCGACGACCGGAUCCAUGUCUAUUUUGAUGAUUUGGAGGGUCUCCUGGUCCCAGAUAGCCAGUCUUAUUACCGAAACAUCCUAGACUCGACUUUAAAAGCCGGAAAGGCCAAGAACUUCCGGCUGACAUUGGAGGGAGAUGGGUUGGAGACGAUCUCUUGCGGCUAUUACGGUACUCGAGGCUCUGGUAAAAUGUUACAAGCGUUGACCACACGUUUCUCGCGCAAGCUACGCCGCCUGGCGGCCAGCGACCACAUUGUGAAGUCGGCUGGCGUUGUGGGUUACGCACAAGCUGUGCUCGUGCCUGAAUUAGCGGUCCGACUGGUCAAGGAAGACAUGGGGGUUAGCGACGAAGCCGCUCGGCAGAUCUUGCGCGAUAGCAUCGAUAUUGGUGAAAAGUUAAACUUCGCAUUGAACGACAAGGUUCCGAUUCCCGAAGAACUUGAGAGGCAUUCAGUUGAUGUGUAA